AAGAAAAUUAUGGAUGGGGUCAUGACACAAAUGAAAAAGAGAUAAGUUUAAUAGCUCCGCUUAACCCUUGGCCUAUGGAUAAUCCGUGGUUAAUGAACGAUAACGAGAUAAGUGAAGGAUGGAAUAACGAGCAACGCAUUGAUGAAUUUCUCGAAUUAACUCCAAGAACCUCGUCAGACAAAGGAUACGAAGAGAUCACCGACUUUUAUUUCGACGAAAAAGAAAACCCAGUUGUCACCUAUAACACAGAAGACUUACCUGUAGAACAUAAGGAUCGAUUAAUAUCGAUCCUAGACGAAAACUCAAAUCUGUUUGCAAAGA